AGUUGUGUAUUAUAUUCAGCCAGGUGAAUGCGAUGCUUCCAGGUUUAUUAUAAUAUCAAUGUCAUUAUAAUAUACUGUGUUUGAUGUUGGGCAACUUAAAUUAAACACUAAUCAUGAAAUCAUGUAGGUCAUGUAGUUUAAGGCCACAGCUUAGUGAUGUAAAGCAGAGGGUUUAUUUCACAGGCUUCUCUCAGAUAAAUAAAAAGUACAGCAAUAAUAAUAAUAAUAAUAAUAAUAAUAAUAAAAACAAUGUCCCUCAAUAAUAAAUAAAUAAAUAAAUAAGAGAAGCUACCGUUGAUUCUGAGAGACUUCACUAUGGCCUGAGCUGGUUCUAUGAAUGCUGGAAUUCCGUGAUGCUGGAAUUCUAGAAGUUCUGGUCUUUAAAAAACAGCCCUGUGUGAACGCUCAUCAUCACCAAUUUCUAUGAAGAAAAUUACAGCUCGGACUGAUCAGAUACGAGUUCUGAAAAAGAGAUGAGUGAAGACAUGACACUGUGGGGUGUGCUGAAUGAGAUGCGGUUGAAGGAGGAGCUAUGCGACGUGGUCUUCAGAGUGGACGAGGUGGAAUUCAAGGCCCACAAGAUCAUCCUCUUUGCGCGCUGCCCGUAUUUCAGGAGAUGGAGCAGCUCGGAUCAGACGGUGUACACCUUCACGAAUGUAUCUCCAGACAUCAUGGAGCUUAUAAUCCACUACAUCUAUAAUCAGGACAUUCGAGUCACCACUGACAACGUGCAGGCUGUGCUGGUCAUGGCCAAUUACCUGCUCAUGCGAGACCUUGUUCACGUCUGCUACGACUUCCUGAAGGCACAUCUCAGCCCGGAAAACUGCUUAGGGAUUUGGCAGUACGCCGACACUCACUCUUUCAGCGAGCUGCAGGAUCAGGCCUACGCCUACACGUUGCAUCACUUCGAGGACGUUGUUCGGUCACCGUUCAGUAAGUUCCUGGAGCUGAACAUGGAGCAGCUCGGCGGCAUCCUAGAGAGGGAUGAGCUGAAUGUCAAACAGGAGAAAACAGCAUUCCAAGCUAUAAUCAAGUGGAUCGCGCACGAACCCGACGUCCGAAUGCGGCACAUCGCGAACCUGCUGUUGAAGGUGCGACUGGCUCUGAUAGAUCAAGAAUACUUCCUGGAGAAUAUCAAGACACACCCACUGGUCAGCAGCUCCUUGGAGUGUCAGCCCAUCAUCACCCGCACCAUGAAGACCAUGUUCUACAUUAACAGGGUUGGACACAACACCGGAUGCCCGGAUCCGUUUGCCCGUCCACGGCUCCCGUAUUCCAUCUUGUUCGCCAUCAGCGGCUUCGGCGGCGCAUCUCCUACAAACGUUGUAGAAACCUACAACUCGAGGAUGGACAGCUGGAUGUGCAUCUCCAGCAGAGAAGAAAGAGCUCGAGCCUUUCAUGGCACAGUGUUCCUGGAUGGUUUUGUGUACGUCGUCGGUGGCGUCGAUAUAAAGGAGUCCUUCAACACGGCGAGCAAGUUCAAUCCCCUCGACGGAACCUGGAACGAGGUGGCGCCCAUGCACUUUCGCCGCUGCUUUGUGAGUGUGGCCAUGCUGGAUGGAUACAUCUACGCGAUGGGAGGCUUCGAUGGCGAAGAGUGGCUUAACACGGCUGAACGUUAUCAGCCAAGCACUAACCAGUGGAGCCUCAUCCCAUCCAUGCACGAGGUACGAAGUGACGCCAGUGCGACGACCUUACUGGGUAAGAUCUACAUCUGCGGAGGAUACAACGGAAACGACUGCCUUUUCACAGCCGAGUGUUUCAACCCUUGUUACAAUCAGUGGACACAAAUCGAACCGAUGCGCAUCCAAAGAAGUGGCGUGAGCGUCAUCGCUCUUAACAAUCAAGUGUUUGCAAUCGGGGGUUUUGAUGGAGCCCACCACCUGCGGAGCGUUGAAGCCUACAACCCUCGUACCAACUCCUGGAGAAUGCUUGCCUCCAUGUUUUACAAACGAAGCAACUUUGGCGUCGAGGUGAUGGACGGCCGCUUGUACGUGGUUGGCGGCUACAGCAGUGAAGGCACCACAUGCAACUGCGAGUACUACGACGAAGAGAGCAAUGACUGGCCACACAGAGCUAGUAAUCAAUGGAUUGAUGGAGCACAGCACUGACCAAAACACCAAUAUCGGACAUCUGUCAGACCUACAUGCAUGAGCGCACGUACAGACAACAGUGGUGAGUGCAAACACUACUCCAGCAAAAAAGGUAAACAUAUUCUGUACACACUUUAAGGAACAAACCUGCCAUCCAGAAAGCCAUUUUCAUGAUGGGGAAAGUUAGGAUGUCCUCUGGCAUGUCCUCAGAGUUGGUAUUUACCUUCAUAUUCAGUGUUCCCCUGUCACAAUCCAUUAUACUCACAUUCAAAAAACACUCAAUUAUAGCCCCAGUCCCCAAAAAGUCAAAACUAAAACUACACAAAGGAAUAUUGACCAAUUGCAUUAACUACACUAUAAUGAAGUGCUUUGACAGGAUAACUGAAGACUAUAUGUGCUCGUCACUGCCUGCCACACUGGAGCCACUACAAUUUGCUUACCAUCCUAGUGGGUAUAGUAGGUUUCAUUCAAAAUACUGCUCUAACUCACUGGGACAACAAGGAAGGAUGUUAUGUGUGAAAGCUCUGAAAUGAUUACAGUUUGGCAUUUAACACCAUAGCCCCCUGACAAGCUCAUAACCAAGCUUGCAGAUCUUGGAAUAAACAUCUAACUGUGUGACCGAGCUCUGAACUUCUUGUUAGGCCAGACCUAAGUGUUUAGAGCUGGCAGACACACCUCUCCAACCUUGACCCAAAGCAUGGGACCUGCACAGGGCUGUAUUCUGAGCCCCCUGCUGUACAUCCUUUACACACGACUACACUGCCACUUCCCACUCUGUUUGCUCACAACACAGUAGUGUG